CGUGAUAUGUAGGUUGAGAUGCGAUAUGUAUCAGGAUGCAUGCAAUGGUCCUGAUGGGCUACUGUGAUGCAUAAUAAGGUCCUGUGAUCAUUUGAUGAUGUGACUAUUUUGUUAAAAGACAAAAAAUAAAUGAGCAAGGGAGAGUAUAAAACACACAUAUUCCUCAUUCAAGAACCAUUUAGUGAACUACAGUGAUGGAUGUUGUGCGUUCGGUCCUGUAUCAUGAUACAUACUGUAGGAUACAUUAAAUCUCAUGUAAAGAAUGUAUCGCGGUUCAUUGAUAGACAAUGAACCAUUCCACCCCUAAUGGGAGAGUCUCCAUCCCUCCUCUCUAAUUUGAGAGGAUUUGAUUCUGGAAGGCAGUUGUGUUCAGGAUGUAGACUGAGACAGAAGCACAAGAUCAAUGAAUAAAGGUUCACUUUUUUGAAAGACCCUAAACGUUUUGAAAAUUAUGAAUUGUAUUAGUAAGUUUGUAAAUCCCCCAUAUGGAAAUCGUAUCCUUGACUGCUGUGUCAUAUAAACUGUGUGCAUAUCCUGUGUGUAGGGUUGUGCAGGUGGUAUUGUGAAUCCUAUUCCCACAAGAGAUUAAUUAUAUCAUAAAGAGUAAGCAGGUUUUGCUGUAGCAGUUAUUUGUUCAGCAGUAUUGCAGUUUACUGGCACUGUUGAUGUCACCUGCUAAGCGAAAGUAAUUUGUCUUCGUUAUAUUUUCAUUGAAAAUUUCAGUGCCCAACAUCUUACACUGAUCUGAAUUUUUCUGAUCUCUGACGGAAUACUUUGUGAAGAUGAAUAUAUUGAAAAGGUCUGUACGAUUGAUAUGGGUUAUAUCAUGUUUAUAAAACCCUGAAAAUAAAGUCACUACCUCAAAUGGUCUCUUAGAUAUGAGGCUUUGGAAGUGUGACGUCAGCUUUUUAAAUUACCGCCACAAAACACUUAAUUGUUCUGUAUGAUCCUCAUGAUCAAACUUGACCACAUUAUGUCAGCCAUCUUCGGUCAAGGUCAAUGCGAAUAACACUGAACAUAUGAAACUUGCUCAACAAGUAGUUUGUGUCAGUUUUUAAAGUCCCUAUGCAAACUGCAGAAUGGCAGUUACAUACUCCCCUCACAGAAAUGCUUAUUAACUCAAUGGGAUUCAUGAUGCAGCCCUGCCAAAACCCUGAAAAACAUAUGCAUUAUCAAAUAGAAACUUAACAUGGUACAAUAAUGCACGCACUACUCAAAGUGUUUAUUCUUUGAUUGUUUAGCAUUAAUCUGUGUAUUCUCUACCAUAAAGACAGUUGUUGCUGAUUAUAUACUGUAGUUUAUUUACAACCCCAAAGCUAAGCUGCAGGGACACAAGCCAGGCUUCCUCCCCACUUCUGCUUGCCACUACAUAACUCCAGCAAACAGGUCCGCACCAGGUGGGUGAGAUAGCAACCUACUUAAAGGAGUGCUUUUCAAGGUUUCAUGCAAAGAAAUGAAAAGUGGAGCAUUUUACACAAAACCAGAACCAACACGCCCAGCUGAAAACCUGCAACCCAUAAGUGCUGUUCAUUGUGUGAGUCAGACUGUAGUACCUGUAGGGAGUAUAUAGGCAGCAUGUUUAUCAAUGCAUUAUCUUUAUAACCAGCCUUUGCUGUGAAACCUAAGUGGGGCAGGUAAUGUUGAUGACGCCCCAGUUUUAGUUGUAAACAUACAGCCCUGGCGCUCCAGCUCCCGCCUCACGUUUCUGCACUGCAUCCCUGAUCACAACUGCUGCUGCUGCAUCCACCAAUCAUGAAAAGCAGACACUUCCGGCGUACAUGGUUGCUGAGCGACUGAAGACCUCCGGCGUUUGGUGGUUGCUAAGCGACCUGAGCCGGGGUGUCUGUCAAUCACGUUUUUUGCAAACGGAACGUGCAAGAGUUGUUGGAGUAGCAUGAGAAACUGGAGUUAAACUCAAGAUUGCAGUUAAGAAUUUGUUUUUUUUUUUUUUUAAACAGGUCAUGGCAGACAGUGAUUGUGAGGGCACUGACCCUGGUCUAGAAGAUGCAGACCUGGAUGAAGAUCAUCACUCUUCCAGCUCCAGCACAACUGUACGGCCAAGAGACCACUGUGACUACCUUCUGGAUGUCAUUGAUGCCCAGCUCAGCGAGAUGCAGGCUCCAAGCCCCAGUGGACGAGGGACUGCUGACAGUGCUUCCUAUAAAUAUACAGCAGAGACUUCAAGAACAGAACACGAAGAACCAAGGCUGUGCUCCUCAACACAGAAUAAAGAAGCUUCUCAGGCUGAACAGAGCAUUCAGGAAGGAGGAGACUCCAAAAAAGAACAAUACAAAUGGAGACUGAAGCAGCUUCUGGGAAGCGAACAGACAGACGCCCCAGGGUACCAGAGCGACUUGAAUACCACGGAGAGCGUCUGCACUGAGGAUUUUAUUACCAAGUUCAAAGAAGGGAUGGUAGACCCCCAGUCAGACUUCAGCGGGGAGCCGAGCAGUGAUGAUGGGACCCCUGGAUGUUCUCCUUCUUGUGAACGCUCUUCAAAAAAAACAAGCGAAGAAAGCAUUGUGGAACCAGAGUCCUUUCUGAGUAUGGCCAGCACCGCAGAAAGAGAGGCCGACAAUGAAAUUGUCGUGCUAAACACUGCAAGGAGGCUGGAUAUCGUCCAGCAGUUUAAGCAAGAUUUAGAAAGCGAUCUUCAAGGGACUGUUGCGGAAGUUGAGGAGACACCCGGUACAGGUCUCCUAUCAAGAAACCAUAGAGACAGCUUGGAGUCUCUUGGGGGCCGGAUCUCUAGGCUUAGCCAGAGCAACACUCCGGAUUCUCUGAGCAUUCUUGGGAAGGAGAGGAGUGUCGCCCACAGCAGUGUCGCCUACAGCAGUAAUCCUCUAGAAUUGUUCAGAAAAGGUGGUAGUCCAUCUGUUAUCUCCCAAAAGGACAAUGUGAAAGAGCCUCCAUGUUUGUCGAUAGGAACAAAUCAAGAGACCAUCCACCAGGAAACUUGUGGAUCUCCAGCCCUUAAAGAGAUGUUUCCCAGCUGUGAGAGAUCUUCAGUAAGAGGCAACGGGGAGUGUAGGUUGGGCCAAGAGAACUUUACCAAUGGAACAAACCUGUCUGGUUCAACUUAUGUAUCUCAGUCAUCCACUUGUUCAGAUACGUCUGUCUCUAUGUUUAAGGAAAAAGAUGCCUUGUCAAGGGAUAGGUGUCCUUCUCCAAUCAAACUCUCCAAUGAGAAGGAGAACACUUCAUACAUACAAGAAGCGAAUGGAAGUGACCCAGAAGAAAGAAAUGGAAACUCAUGUCAGCCAGAAAGGAAAGGGACGCAUCGUGAAUUUGGUGUGGUGUCCAUUUCCUCUUUCCAGCAACGUACUGUAAGCAGAUCAGAAAGCUGUCCUUAUAUUAAUGGAUCUUCCUACAGACUUGAAGCAGCUAACUUGUUACCUGAAUCAAACCACUAUUCAACCACUUCCGGGUCAAGGCACAUUCGAAGCAGCAGCCUAAGCAGUAGAUCCUCAGCAGCUAAAGGACAGUUUAAUAGCCAUCGUCCAUCUAGCCCCAGUUCAGACAGGAAGAUUGUAUCACAUAGAGCAACAGCUGGAAUCAACCAAAAAACUUGCGAGAACUUUGGCUCCGAGUCCAGCCUGAACACCAUUGGAACAGGAGAGUAUGUGGACUCGUUUCAGGCUGUGGCAGUCAAGCAUGUUGCUGGGGUUCCUGUAAAGAGUUUUGAUGAAGUGACCAUAGACAGCGAUCUGGAUUCAGUGAAAACAGAUAGAGUCCGGAAGCACUUUCAGAAAGCACUCUCUACCAGAAAUGGCUUUGCAUCUGCUAAGAGUGCCGCUGCAGACGACCUCUACUCAGACCAGAGUGACCUUGACACGGCUAAACUGCAGCAGAUUGAACGCACGUUCCGUGACAUUCUGCGCCGAAAGAAAAGCUCCGCUCAGGGUUUGAAGAGUGUACCCGUGGCUUCUCCGUUCGGAUGUCGCUCCACUAAAAGACCCCGAAGCCCCAGGAAGGAUGCAUGCAGGUUCGAGAGCUCUGAUAGGACAGUGACUGACGAGGAGGAGGAGGAGGAGGAGGAGGAGAGUUUAGAGCAGCGCUUCACGGAGAGCAGUGGAGAGUGGAAGACCAGCAGCCCAGUGAAGUGGAACUCGUGUCCCAAGAGAGGCGGGGAGCUGUCCUGGGGGCGCAGCCUGGGCUCGGAGAUCAGCGAGGCACACCAGCGUUCUUCCCGUUUGUUGGACUCGGAUCGGCAGAUCUUGGAAGAAUCUGUUUCCAGGCUGCGUCGGGAUCUUGCUGUGGAGGAAGAGACAUUGUCACACAGGAAGGCCCAGGUGCAAGAGAUAGAGCAAUCGCUGACUGAGGCUCUUCAGAAAAAAAAGCAUGCAGUUCAGGAGCUGGAGUCGGUGAAGUGUGCGGUUGAGAAGAGCCAGAAGGAGGCGAGAGGGCUGGAGACCCGAGGCAGAGGCAGCAAGAGCCAGGCAGAGGAGAUGAGGGCAGAACUGGCAGUGCUGGAGUACAAGCGGGACUCGUGUCUGCAGGAAGUGCAGACUCUAGAGGAGGAACUGAGCGUGCUCAGAAGACAGUGCUCUGCCACACACAACAGCCAGCAGAGCACCCUGCAGAACCAAGUGUCCUCUCUGAGUGCGGAGCGUGAGGAGCUCAGGGCUCGGCUGCGGCUCAAGGAGGGCAGUCUGUCUGUCCUGGAGAGGCAGGAGCUGGAGCGGCAGCUGAGCUGCACCAGGAGCGAGCUGUUCACAGAGCAACGCAGCGCCCGGGACAAGAUCAGCCUGCUGCAGGAGCAGCUGGAGGACUGCCAGGUGGAGAUGGAGGAGCGGGCGACCCAGGAGGCUUUGCUGCAGGAGAGGAGCAGGAGACUGGAGCAGCAGCUGAGAGAGAUGAACAGGAGGCAGGAGGAGCAGACACAGAAGCUGGCCUUGCAGAGCAGUGAGGCGAGCCAGGCCUUGAGCAGGCAGGUGCAGGAGGCAUCUGUCCAGCUCCUGGAGAGGGAUGGGAAGAUCUCAGCGCUGGAGCGCAUCCUGUCUGAGAAGGAGCUAGAGCUGCUGAGGCUGAGGGAGGGCCAGGCCACCCUGCAGGCUGAGCGAGGGGCCCUGGUCGCAGCCAGAGAGACCCUGACACAGGCACACCAGAGGCAGCUGCAGCAGCUCCACCGUGACAAACAGCUGGAGGAGGAGCAAGCGAAAUGGCAAUUGAAAGAGGAACUGGAUUUACUCAAACAGCAAGAAAUCCAACAGGUUAGGGAACAAGCAGAGGAGGACAAACUGGAGGCUGUGAAGCACCAAGCACUUUCCUUCACAGUGGAGACGGAGAAACUCGCCCUGAAAAUCCAGUUAAAAGACGAAGAAAUUGUGAAGCUGAAGGAAGCAGUCAGGCAGCAAGAGGUGUCCAUGAGGAAGCUAGCUGAGGAACUCAAACUGGAAGCCAAAGAGAUGGUGCAGGGGGCUUUGCUCCGGGAACACAGGAAAUGGGAAACAGAGAAGACAGAGGAGCUCCAGAGGCAGCGUGGGAUACUGGAGGACGAGAGCAGGAGAGCCGUGCACAGCAUCAAGGAGGACCAGGAGAGGGAGAGGAGGAAAGCACUCUCCCUGCAGAACAAAGUUAUCGAGCUGCAAACUAGAGUGCAGGAGCUGGAGUUUGAGAGAAGAGCCCUGCAGAGAGAGAAGCAGGAGGCUGUCAGUGAGGUGCGGAGCUCUCUGAGGGAGGAGAAACAGGAGGAGAUACUCAGAGUCAAGGAGGAGAUGGACCAGGAGAAGGCCCGUGAGGUGGAGAGGCUCAGGCUGAGGCUGGAGCAGGAGGAGGCAGAGGUGCACAGGCUCAGGGCUGGCCUGGGCGAGGCGGCGCAGAGGGAGAAGGAGCUGCAGACACAGGCCGAGCGGCUGGAGAGGGGAGCAGUGCUGGACCUCAGCCUAGAGUACGACCGCAUCCAGGACCUCCUGCAUAGCACGAGAGAGCGAGGAGCUGGAGCCAGCCCAGCACGCCAGAGACACAGCAGCCCCUCUCGUCUGUCCCUUCCCCAAGCUGUGCAGGCCCUGCGCGGGGCCUGUGAGGAGCAGCAGCAGCACAUCCUGGAGCUGCACCAGGAGCUGGACACACAGAGACGCACCGUCCUGCACAUCCAGCGAGACAAGGAUAGGGAGCUGCAGCAGCAGCGCGAGGAGCUGUAUCUGGAGAAGGAGGCGGCAGUGAAGAGCAUCAAGGAGCGCCUCAUCCAGGAGCACAUCGAGGAGAUCAGUAAGCUGCAGCGUCCCCUGCUGAAGGACUCCGGGGGCAGUGAGUGCCAGUCUCUCCGCCAGCAGCUUCGUGAGAAGGACAGCGAGCUGAGAGCCAUCCAGAGGAACAUGACUCACUGGAAGGACGAGACCGCAGCCAAGCUGGCCUGCAAGUUUGAGGAGGAACUCAACUCCGAGCUCGAGAAAUGCAAGUCUGAUUUGUUAAAGCAAAGACGGAUGUCCAAGAACAAACCUGAUCACCAAAGAAAAAUAGAAAAGCUGGAAUCAGAAAUGAAAAUACUAUCAGUGGAGAGAAGUGAGACUGCUCCCCUGCGCUCAGCCUCCACCCCUUCCCUGAGCACAGCGCCCCCUCCUGGGCCCCAGGACUUCAGCACCCUGAAACUGCUCCGGCACCUGCAGAGCCGUGUGAAGCAGCUGCGUGCCGAGAACACCAUCUACCACCCGGGAAGCCAAGACGACCUGGCCGGCUCCUACCGGGAAACGAUUCGUAUGACGCCGGAAAGACUGCCAACAAGAUUCAAAUCCAGUACCAGAAAACCACUCAUGUGAAGGGUCAUUCCUCUCUGUUACAGUUCACACUUUUAUACCUCCAUCCAAUCCACAACGACACAGACCAGCUCUAAGUGCGAAAGAACUUUCAGAUUUCGCUGUACAUUUAUGCUGUAAAAAAUGCACGUUAAUGCUCUCAACGAUAAAGAAUUACAAUUUGUAUUACUGUAACAACGUUAGUUUUAUAUUUUAGAAAUAUUUUAAUCAAUAUUUUUAAAUUCCUUAAUAUGAACAUUUUAAAUGGAAUAUCCCAGGACUACUCUGCCUACACACAUGUUAAGUUUUUUGUGGGCUAGAUUAAUGUCUAUAAAAAAAAAAUUAUAAAAACAAAAAAAUCUUAUUUUUAGCAGGUGAUGGUUUUGUUAAAAUAAAUUAGUAAUAUCUACAAUGCUUUUAUAACAUUUUUUCUAUACUAUAAAUUGAAAAUAAUUUCAAAAGUUAAUUUAGAAACAUUACAUUUACACAUGUACAUAUUUUUUAUACCCUGUACAGUUGUAUUGUAAUUUGUUUUUAAUAAACACAUAUGCAAAUA